GCUGUUGUUGUAGUUGCAGUUGCAGUUGUAGUUGCAAUUGUAGUUAUAGUUGCAGUUGUAGUUGUAGUUGUAGUAUACAGUGCAUGUCCAUUAGCAAUGUCGUCAAAUGGAACAACGAACAGUUUCCGAGAACUUUCCUAACGUCUCUGUCAAAUACAGGCAUCAGUGCCGCCAUUUAAAGAGAUUCCUUAGAAAUGUUGUGACUUCACUUAUUGCCAAAACCAGACCGCUGGAAUUUCCGAUUCUUGCUCUCCGAACUGGCUGACGCCCCGCAGUGCCCGCGCUGUGGUUGGCUGUUUGUAGCAGUUUUCUUUGCUGCGCUGAGCAUAUAGAAAACGUGUGGUAAUCCCCAACUCCAGCCAACUCUCUUGGGGGACUCGUGGGAAACCGGUACUUCCGCACUCCUCAAAAUCUCGGAGGCGGCUCAUUGGAUUACAACCAAGACCUAACAAAGGAUGAGCUUGUCCGAGCCCCAGAAGCCCGUAGAGAAACCUCUCCAGGCCCCGAUGAGAUUUGAUGUGAGACGAUAAAACAUCUCAAUCAUGAUGACAUGAUUAAGUUGCUAAAAGUAUACAAUGAAAUUUGCAAAAGCCAGACUUUUCAAAGCUCAUGGCACUUCGCCUACCCCAUUCCCAUAUUCAAAGAUCCGCCAUCUGCUACCGCCAAAGUGCGUUGACAAGUUGCCUAUACAAGGUCAUGGAAUGAAUUUCAACAGUCGACUGUUGCAUAUUUUAAAUUCCAGUAAUUAACUAAUUGAGCAGUGCGGCUUCCAAGAGGCAAUUGCUAAAAAGCACUGUUUAAUUUCAGUAUAUUAAGAUAUAUAUAAAAAGCCUACGACAUGACGUGGCAAUAUGGCCUACACAGAAAGCUUUAUGUUUUUGGAUUACAUAGAAACUAGCCUGUUUCAUCCAAAAUUUCAUAUCCGACAGAACUUUCUCAGUCAUAGUGUUUUCUGACAGUGUCAGUCGGAUCCAAAUGGCACUGGAUAUGAUGCAUAACUAGGGACUCCAGUGGGGUUCUGAGUUUUCCAUAAGAAAGAGUAGUGGGGUAUUUUUUCACAUAGGAGGAAACCGAAGUCGAGAAAGUCAGUAUAAAUCUCUUUACCAUCGAUACCCUGGUUCAGUCAGACCUAGAGCGACGGGAAACCCCCAGUUUCACCAUCUUCAGCUAAGGUCAUGGUGCCGGAAAUGCAGAACAAAACAAUAACAAGAAGCAAAACACAGGAAUGAACACGAAGAUGUCAAGAACAAGAGCGAAGAACACAGAACAAACGUAAUCGAAGUAGGAAAGUGAUUUAAGUAUCGUAAAAAGGAAAAAGAAAAUAAGAAAAGAACAGAAAAAAAGACGAAGGCGUUUUGAACACAAUAGAACAGGAAUUGAACAUCACUGAACAAAUUGUGAUACAAUAAACCGAACAAGUUGAACAAAAAGGGAAUGUAAAUGGACACAAUAGAAAGCGAGUGAAAGUGAGCAUAGAUGAACAAAUAUUGAACAUAAAUUAUAAACAAGUUGAACAUAAAUCAAUAGAACAUAAAUUGUAAACAGGUUGAACAUAAAUCAGUUGAACACAAAGCAAGAACAAUGAAGGUGUUCACUUUUACAUUGAUCUUUUACAUUGUUCUCCAGACUUCCGCUAAACUCUUGCAGACAAUCCAUCUUUCGGACAUCGCCAGCACUCGCUUCGAGGAAAACGCGAACAUGAGCUUCAUCUUCUUCGCCACGGAACACUUUUACAUCAACCUGACCUUGAAUAAGAUGCCUCACCUGUUGUGCCGAAGGGAAGCCGAAGUCAUUCUCCUCAACCUGGAUGACGGAAUCGGACAGUGUCGGCCAGGCGUCAACCCUUUUGAAUAUCAUGAACUGAGACUGAUUUUACAACACGAUUUCUCUUUCAAAAUCGAAGACCCGAGUGGAGCCGCCGCCGUCACUAGCACUCCGUCGCCACUCGAAGUCGUGAUCACAGUCGGUCGGAGUCUGGACGCCCAAGACCCUCCCAGUGAUAGGGAAGGUGCCGUCUUCGUCACGAGGAAAAUAGAGGGUUGCCGCGCCCAGCCAAAGAAAUCCGCUGCGCCCCUCGUGCUGAUCGGCGUGGUGGGCGCCCUUGCCCUGCUCCUCGUGCUGGUGACCGUCGUGGCCUGCAUCCUGUAUCUUCUGGUCCCGCCGGAAACGAUCAGGCGAGUGCUAUUUAGAUCCGGAGGCAACGAUCCCGGAUGCACCGCCCUCUCUUCCGGGAUUGGUCAGAAAGACGCUCAGGACACACCCUCGCCACCUCCCCGACCAAUCAACACCCACAACGCGUCCGAGACUCGCAAUCCAUUGGCUAAAGUCCCCUCUGUUCCCUUGGCCCCGCCCAACGCAGCGGCGACGGCCCACCAGAACGACGCUCGCCAUUCCAACCACGACGACGGAUACGACCUGCUGCACGAUCCCAACUACGACUACAUAGAAGCUAACGUCGUCCGCCCCGUCGACCGCGCCAUUCUGGACCAAGAAUUGGCCGGCGCGAACCCCAAGUGGAAGCAGCCGCCGGGAGGUUUCCGGAAGAAAUCGGACCCGCAGACUACAGGUUUCCGGAAGUUAUCGGACACGCAGACUCCAGGUUUCCGGAAGUUAUCGGACACGCCAGUCCCUAAGCCGCCCGCCGCCGCCCCAGGUCACUUCCUGCCUUUCGAGGACGACGAAUACAUCAACCUCGGGUCCGGGUUCCCUCCACCCCCUCAGCAGCACGGCCCCAGAGGGAACCGCGCCCGUUACUAGGACCCGGUGACAGAGGGCCAAAGAGGGUCAAACGCCGGAUUCCGCCUCAUGCGUCGCGGAGGAACCUCUGGUGAAAAAAACUCUGGUGAGCGUCGAUCGGGAUUCAGGAUCGGCGCCUCGCGAAGGGGCAGCAGGAAAAGCGUCGGCCGUGGCGGGGGCGCAGUGGGGGGCGUCUCGACCAAAAUAGGUGUUGCGGGAAUAGGUAACAUAGGCCUAUUUUCAGCAUACUUAUCGUGUACUUGGUUUUAUUUGGGUAUUUGCAUACACUUGCAUGAAAAAAAAAACAGAUGCAUGCUCACACACACACACACACACACACACA